AGCGACGAGCACACGCUCUGCCUCUGCUCCCCGAGGGCUGGGGCAGGGCGGCGUGCUGGUGGCUGGCAAUGUGUGAGGGUGAAGGGGGGACACCGGGGGGGGUUCUGGUCACCCCAGCAGCCGCCUUGUCUGUCAGGCAGCUGCCCUGCAUCCCUGCAGCACCAGGGUGCCACCUCUCCUCCUUGUGACUUUCGCUUCUGUCACGAGUAAGAUGAAGUUGUGUGGAGGCUUUUUUUUUUUUCUCAUUUGCUGGGGGGGUGGCAGCCAGCAGCUGUGCUGGCCUCACUGCAGCGCCGGCCUGUUCUCCCCCAGGUGCGGAUGGCGCUCAAGAACGCCGAGAAGGAGCUGGAGUCCCACUGCAGCUGGGCUGCGCCCGAGGCCCUGCAGAAAUGGCUCCAGCUGACCCACGAGGUGGAGGUCCAGUACUACAACAUCAAGAAGCAGAACGCGGAGAAGCAGCUGCUGGUGGCCAAGGAAGGGGCUGAAAAAAUUAAAAAGAAGCGAAACACCCUGUUUGGAACAUUUCAUGUUGCUCACAGCUCCUCUCUAGAUGAUGUUGAUCAUAAAAUCUUAACUGCAAAGCAAGCGCUGAGCGAGGUGACGGCCGCGCUGCGGGAGCGCCUGCACCGCUGGCAGCAGAUCGAGCUGCUCUGCGGCUUCCAGAUCGUCAACAACCCGGGCAUCCACACCCUGGCCUCAGCCCUCAACAUUGACCCCAGCUGGAUGGGCACCCCACGCCCCAACCCCUCGCACUUCAUCAUGACUGAUGACGUGGACGAUUUGGACGAAGAGCUCGUGUCUCCCAUGUCCAUACAAUACGCAGCCUGGCUUUUCGGGCGCAGGUUCAGUGACCGCUCGUCUCUGUCCUCGGAGGAUCAGUCCCUCUGGAAAUACCCUGCUCCGGCCUUGCCCAGCACAGUUCGCCAGCGCCUGGUGGACCCCCAGCACGGCCACGGAUCUCAGAGGUUGGUAGAGAGUUACAUGCAAGGCCAGAAUGAGUUGGGCCAAGCUGCCCCUUUCCGGGCAGGCAGAGUCUCUCUCCGUCGAAAGCUCAGCCUCUCCUCCGGACAGUCUUUCAGUUCCGACCUUCCCGGCACCAACCCACCAUCUGCUGCCACCACCGCCUCUUCCACCUCUUGCUCCUCAUCCUCCACCACUGCAUCUGCUCCUGCUUGCCAUGUCCACCCUAUCUAUUACCAUCACACCACCUCCUCUUAUUUCCUUCAGAUGGACUCCAUCCCCGAUCUACCCCCUCCUGAUGUCACCUCUGGAGUUCGCUGUCGCACUGAGAGCUUUGGGUAUAUUGCUGUUUCUUUUCUAGCUCCCUCUUGCCUGCUGUGUCUCAGAGCUGACGCUUGCUGGGGUGCUCUUUCUCCUAGAUUCUUCGUGCCCUUUCCUUUUGGGUCCUUAUUUCAUGAUUUAUCCACGUGUUUGUUUCUUCAACCGCUCUCCCGUGCCAGUGGGCUCUCUAAGGAGUCUCCACGGUCCAUCCCCAUAUCUGCGAACUCAGUGGGUGCAGAAACCAUGGAGGUGCUGCUGUUUAACUGUAGCUGAGCAAACGGGCACUCGGGGCCCUCGGUUAUCGCUAAAAAAGAGUCUUUCGCUUGGGUGAUGCACCUGUGAGAACAAAGGUAACACCUAAUCAGACAAACACUGACCUUAUUUGAAGCCUUGCCUCAGUUGGGGUCUUCACGAGCGAAUUGCAAAGGAAACACGAUGGGGUAGGAGGUGCUGCGAGACAGUUGGCGCUGCCGGAGGGUUUGAGAUUCGUGCUGGCUUUAAGAGGUGGCCAAAAGCAGCGUUCAGGGCUUUUGUGUUUCAGAGUGACUCUGCUGGUGGUUUGGCAGGGGCUGAGGCUUGGGUGAGUUCUGGCUAAGGAACGUCUGAAUGAGAAGAGGGAGUUGGAGCUUCUUAUGGCUCGAGCUUCUUACGAUGCUUGAGGUAAACCCCCGGCUGAGGGGCGGGGGGGGCAUCUCCGUGGGCUGUAGCUGAGGGACGUUGCAGGCGCUGGGUGCGGAGCUGUGGGUGCUGGGGACGGGCUGUCGGGGAGUCCCGUCCUCCUGCCCCGUGGGGGAGCUGCCCCUGGCACGGCCAAGUCAUUUCGUCUGUUCUGCGCUUUCUCCUUGGUAAAAUUAAAAAUAGUCUCCUUAUCCUCAGCGUUAGGGAACAGAUUUCUGGGAAAAGGCUGGAAGUCUCUCAGUGAGGAGGUCGGGAGGGGCAGUGUCCUUUCACAUUUAUUUACCGAGGCAGGACAGGAUUCCAGGUCACCACAUCUUGUCCGGUCCCGGCACGCUGCACUGUUACUCCUUUACUGGCAGGGCGCAGGUUCCCUCCUGACAGCAUUUACACAGUGUCCGUCCUGUGUCAAAGCCGGGCUUUGCUGGGCCCGAGCACACCGUGCCCAGGCACGUAUAGAGCCGGAGCAGCCCCGGGCAGGUCGGGGCUCCCGCAGUAUCGGGGCAGGGCGAUGUUACUGCUCCUGCUCCACAGUGGGCAGUGAAAGAGCAACGUCUGGGUUCAUUUAGUCCUAUUUGUUUGGGGAUUACGAGAAGCAGCGUAAUUAAGAUUAAUUAGUGCCAGUCUGAGUUCAGCUGCAGCUGUCCCGGUUUGACUGAUAAAAGCUGGGAAUGCUUCUGGUAACAUCACGCAGUCCUGGUUCACCUUUGGCCUUCCCGUCCCUGCAGGAAGGAGGGCUUGUCCUGGCCCCUCGGAGGCUGCAGCGCUCUCUCAAAAAUUCCUGUAUAAACGUGAUGGGUUUUUUCAGCCCAGGCCUGUGGUACGCUUAAUUGCUGAGCAGGUUAAAGUCUCCAUCCCGUGAGCAGCAGAGGGAAAUGGGGGGGGACUUGGGGAUCCCGACUAGGAAAGGCAACAGUGCUGCGUUAGGAGAGAAUAACCAGGGGCUCCCCCUUGUUCCCCGUGGGUGCUUAGUCCCUCCUCAGCACCCAGCGGCGGGUCCGACCGCUUUCUCCCCGUUCCCACAGCACGGGCCUCCUGUGGGUGCAGGAUAAAGUGAUUUAGCGUUGGAGUUUUGCGGAGGAAGAACUUCCCACCUAAGAUUUGCUUCAGCUACACAAUAGCAGACGACUCCAAAAUCCAUGCUCAUCCAUUCUCUGUUCAUUUCAGAAAACAGAAAUGAAGAAUCGGGUGCCCACCUCUGUCCUGAUUUUGUCGCUUUUUAAUUAUUUUUUUUUGGUGUCAAACUGCAUCACAAGCAGAUCCUGCUUCGAUGCGUCUCUAAAAGCACGGCCGCAGCACACGCCAAUGGAUUGCUCUUUCUCUUUUAUAUAACCAGCCGUGGAGGCCUUGACACACAUCCCUCGCGCUCCACAGCCUCCCAGAGAGGCAAACAGAACAGAUGGGGAAGCCGAGGCUGAGACGGGCCUUCCAGGGAGUCACUGCCAAGGAUGAAAGCGGAACCCAAAAAAAUUCCUGGCUUCCUUGGUGGGAGGCGAGCGCUGCCUUGAGUGCUUUGGGCUGCCGGUCGCUGUAGCCUCUCUCGUAUCCGGCCAAUGCUGGCGAGACCUUGCGAGAGAAAUCGUCUCAAACAAGUUGUUCCCCCCCGCCCCGCUGCCCCCGAGAAGGGCUCGGGGGUCGCUUCCCUCCCUGCGAGCUGUGUGUGGUGCUAAAGGCUGCUGGGGGUGACCUGGUAGGGACCUUCUCUCCGGGCAAGGCCAGCGCGUGGCCGGGGAAUCGCUUUCGUGAACUCCUCACUGUUUGCUUCUCUUUUGCAAUUGGCUUCAGAGGAUCCGGUGCAGAUAAGGUCAGAGCUGGUGUGGUGGCGAAGGCUGCUGUGUGUCUGUGGGCGUUCACGAAGGGCUGGCCCUGGGCGGGGAGAGGGGCUGGAGGCUGCUCUGUGCACAGAGGUUUCUGCUGCCAGUGCCUGCUUCAGGUGGCACCCGUGGAUAAACCCGACGGAGGUGGGAGCGUAGGACCAAACCCCCGCCCUGGCGACCCUCUUCCAACGGGGAAGGGACGUGGCAGCCGUAGCAAGAGCCGAGAGUCAGUCACCCAGUGAAAAGAGCGAUUCGCAGCCCCUAGAGUGGGAGGGAAGGACUUGCAGUCGGAUUCGCAUCGCAGUGGCUGUGUCGCAGCCUCUGCCUGUGCCGGGCCAAGCGCGGCGGAAUAACAGCCCUGGGGCAGGUUUGGUUCUGCCUGGGGGGAAGCCCGUGCCGCGGUGCCACGCACCAGCUCGGGAUUUAGUGGACGGCCUCAGGGCCGCGGUGCACUGGGCCAA